CCCCGCCACCACUUGUUGGGGAGUAACAGCAGCAGCGGCCGCAUCAUGCUUCGAGGUCAUUCCAUGAUGGCUCCGUCGCCAACCCCCGCACAUUCACGACGAAUCGACAAGAAAAAGUUUGUCCAUCUGUCAUCUCAGGAAAUUGCCCGAGGAGAAUUCUUAAGCUUGCACAAGUACAAAUAUGUGGAUGCUUCGGGGGCAGAAAGUACUUGGGAAGUGGCAGAACGACACAAAAAGCACGGAGACACAGAUUCUGUGGCAUGCAUCCCCGUGCUCCGAAGGCAUCUGAAAUACGACUGUUUGGUUCUGGUUAAGCAAUACAGACCUGCCACCAAGUCAUUCACCCUAGAAUUUCCUUCAGGUCUUAUGGAGAACAUGGAGCCCCUUGCACAACACGCUGCGCUUCGGCGGCUCCACUCCCAGACAGGCUACUGUGCUACCACAGCGAAGCAAGUGAGCCCAUUGACUGCUUGUGACCCUAUCCACACGGGAUGCACAACCAAGAUCGUGUCUGCUGACGUCAAUGGAGAUGACCUUCUGAACCUCAAGGCCGAGCAGAACUUCGGCGAAGGAGAGAUGUACGAGGUAGUCCAGAUUCCUACCAACGAUGUCCUGCACAGACUGAACGAAUACAGCAAGGAAGGCUACGUCAUCGACUCCAAGGUUUACACGUUUGCACUCGGUCUCGCAAUGGGCGUCAAGAUUGGGGAAAGCAACAGCGCAACGGAAGAAAACGAUGUACAAUUUGUUACCAAUAUCAUUGACUAGUAACGGUGACGCACGGUAUACGGGUCCGAUAAAAUGGAAAAUAUUUUAAAACGUCCUACUGAGAAUAAUAAACUUUACCGUGUAUCGGCUA